GCCUACAACCGUUUUCUUCUAAACGAGCAGUACCAACGCAAACUUUCCGGUACCAUGGCGACCAUGAAUGGCACAGGCAUCCAUGCCAACGGUGACAGCGACAUUGUGGAGAGGAGGAAGCUGCGGGUCUGUGUCUCGACCACCAACCGAGCAGAUUAUUCCAAGCUCGGUAACAUCAUGCAAUCCAUUAAAGAAGACGAAGACCUUGAGUUAUCGACCAUUGUCUUAGGAUGCCAUCUCAUCGAUGAUUAUGGAUCUACCUAUCGAUUGAUUGAGAAAGAUGGCUUCACGAUUGACAGUCGGCUCCACACCAUCGUCAGAGGGGAAGACGAAGCCGCUAUGGUGGAAUCGGUGGGUCUCGCCAUGGUCAAGCUCCCCGACAUCAUGCUCCGCCUUAAACCCGACGUCGUCAUCGUUCACGGGGACCGAUUUGACGUUCUCUCGUUAGCCGCCUGCGCCGCUCUCAUGAACAUUCGCAUUGUCCACGUGGAAGGUGGAGAGGUUAGCGGCACAAUAGAUGAUAGCAUCAGACAUACUAUCUCAAAGCUUGCGCACUAUCACGUGUGUUGUACUGAGCGUGCUCACAAGCGUCUGUUGGCAAUGUGCGAGGAUAACGAUAGGAUACUGCUGGCAGGAUGUCCGUCGUACGACAGGUUAUUAAGUGCAGAUGUGAAAAACUGUCAGCACAUAUUAGACAAAUGGCUGAAGGGUAAGGGCAAGCCCAAAGAAUACAUCGUAGCCGUACAGCAUCCCGUGACCACAAAUAUUGUUGACUCUCUAAAGAUGUACAGUCUUAUGGUUGACGCCUUGAUGGAAUUUAAUAAGCGUGUCCUCAUGCUGUUCCCAAACAUUGACGCAGGAAGCAAAGACAUCGUCCGCAUCAUGCGGCAGAAGGGAGUGGAGACCAACCCCAUGUUCUAUCCUGUCAAGCAUAUACCGUUUGAAGAAUUCAUCAUCUUAGUGGCCAAUGCAGGGUGCAUGAUCGGGAACAGCAGUGCGGGAGUCAGAGAAGCCGGAGCGUUUGGUACACCGGUAGUCAACCUUGGAUCAAGGCAAACAGGGAGAGAGACAGGUGAAAAUGUGUUACACUGUCGAGAUGCGGAUACCAAAGAAAAGAUACACCAUGCUCUAGAAAUCCAAUACCAAAGACACUUCCCUCCAUCUUACAUCUAUGGGGAUGGGCAUGCUGUACCAAGAAUCAUCAAGUUUUUAAAAUCAAUCAAAAAGGAUGAAGCCAUCCAGAAACAGUUCAUCUUCCCACCCAUGCCAGAGAGCCCCAGCAUAGACAUCGAUCACAUCCUAGAGACGCAGAGCGCCCUCGCUGUUGAUAUGGGAGGAACGCAGCUCCGGGUGGCUUUGAUAGCUGCAGAUGGCGAAGUUAAAUUGAGGAAAUCAAAGUUAACUCCCCACACAACCAAUGAGGAAAGAAUAAAAGCACUUCUGGAGCUUCUCUUAGAAGCUAUGCAGGAGAGUUAUGCCCUUAACUGUAGAGUUCUGGGUGUCGGCAUCAGUACUGGAGGCAGGGUCAAUUCUAAGGAAGGACUUGUCAUGCAUUCAACAAAAGCCAUAGCAGGAUGGGACGAGAUUGAUCUCAGAACACCAAUAGAAACUACCCUUCACCUCCCCGUCUGGGUGGAUAAUGAUGGUAACUGUGCCGCACUGGGAGAGAGAAAGUUUGGACUGGGCAAAGGGGUUAAAGAUUUCAUCACCAUAGCAACGGGAACAGGUAUCGGCGGAGGAAUAGUCUUAGACAAGCAUCUGAUCCAUGGCACUAACUUCUGCGCUGCUGAGCUUGGCCAUAUGAAGGUAUCCCUGGAUGGCCCUGCCUGCCAGUGUGGAAGCCAUGGGUGUGUGGAGGCUUACAGCUCAGGCAUGGCUCUGCAGAGAGAAGCCAUCAAGCUGCAUGAAGCUGGAGCACUUCUUGUAGAUGGCAUGAUUCUAGAGAAGGGCGAGGAGAUCACUGCUAAACAUCUCAUCCAAGCUUCCAACCAUGGAAAUCUAAAAGCUAAGAAGACACUGGAGACAGGUGCCCAAGCCCUUGGGAUAGCCAUCACAUCCCUUCUCCACGUCUUGAACCCAAGCCUUGUCAUCCUGUGCGGUGUCCUGUCCAGCGUGUACCUGGAACCCGUCAAGAAAGCGGUAACCUCCCACAGUCUCCCCUCGGCAAUGUCCGAUGUGGAAAUCGUCAGUUCACACCUGACGGAUUCGGCCCUGCUCGGUGCCGCAAGCCUGGUGUUGGAAUACGCCACAAGGAGAACGUAUUGAUGUGAAAAAGCCUUGGACAUAGAACACUUGGCUGCAUUUGCAUAGCACUUAUUCAAUUUAUUACAUCUAUCUCUGCAAUGCUAUCAGCGUGAAUGAUUCAAAAAGAAAUGUACUACAUGUAUGAGAAUGUAUGAAUGUUAUGAAUUUUUAUUGGUGUAUAUUGCUUGCUUGAUAUGAGAAUCCUUUUAUAUCUUGUGCGAUCCGGGCCAGUUUUCCAGAGACUUAGGUAUAACCAUCUUUAGUGAGAUUUAACCCAACAAUUGAAGGUAAUCGUCAGCACCUUUGGAGUUUGUGUUGCUGACGACUAUACCUUAACCCAACGUACAAUCCCACCACAUUAUCUUCUUGUUUCGGGAGUAUUUGCAAUAUUAAAAAGUCAAGACAAUUUUGAAGACUGAGGCCCGUAUUCUGAAGUCAGGUUUAACUUAGACCGUGGUCUAACUCUGUGCUAAAAUUAUGGGAAGCCAAAAGUAUCAACAUUUUUAUUAAGUUGUAUGUUUAUUAUGUUUACUGUGCUCUUUCCUGAUUCAUCGAUGGUGAAGACAAUCAUCUAUUUAUACUUCCUAGACAAUUAUGAAUAAUUUGAGAGCCAAAUGAUAUCUCUACUGUUAGAGAUUUAUGUAACAAUUGGCUAUCCAUACUUCAACCACAGCUUUAAAACUGAGUUUAAGUUAAACCCGGCUUCAGAAUACGGGCCUGAGGGUUCAAAGCUCAGUGCAUAAAAAUUGUAUUAAUAAUUACCAUCAUUGCUCAACAACCAAUCAAAUCAGUUUCUUGGCUAGCUACCAUUUGAUGGCAAAGUAAAUAUUGAUGGUAAUUUUGACGCAAUGAAUCCAUAGACAGUAAAGAAAACCUUUUACUAUAUUUCAUCCUCACAAGAGGUGAGUCAUAGUUGUUAAUGAAAUUUGAUGUCGGUCCAGGGGCCCACUUUACACGAAUUGGGAUUAAUUCAAAAUGGAAUUCAAUUUGAUUUGAGAUCAAUCUGUAUGAGUCUGAUUUAAAUCAAUUGCACCUCUUUAAGAGAGCCCAUCAAUAAUUCCCUGUUUUUAGUGAAAUCCCACCCUGAAACAUCGAUGAUUAUUUCUGCAAUAUCCAUUCUUGGUUUUCCCCACAAUUAUAUUUGUUUCUUGCUCUUAUACUGUUGUGAAAAUCAUGAACGGAAUAUUUACAUCGAUCAAAAUGGAAGUGUUUGUACGAAUUUUAUUUAAUUUCAUCAAUAUGCUUGUGACAAUAUGAUAAACUUUCAUUUAAAAGACAACUUUUUUUUAAAGAAGAAUCUUAAUUUGGUCAGAUUGUGAGAGUUUUAUGUUAUGUGAACAUAUUUUUGAUAGAUAGAAAUAAAAUACUUUUCCAAUGAUUUUUUUUACAAGAUCACAAGAAGAAGGAAAGGAAGAAAAAGACAAACACAUAGUAGCACAAUUAUCACUUGUUACUUGUAUUUUCUUUCUUUAAAAGAAAUGAAAAAUUUGUUACUAAUUCAUUAGCUUUCAUAUUUUUAAUAUGAUUUUAAUCUAAAUAAUUUACAUAAAUCUGACAAUUGGUUCAUUUUGGUUCAUUAUUAGUCAUACACCUUUGGGAACAAAGGCAUGAUUUGAAAUUGUUGCGUCCUUCAAUGGUAAACACAAGUUUGAAAAUUAGGAUUUUUCUUUUUAAUUUCUGAUACUGUUGAAACAGUAGAAUUGAACUGUGCUGUGUAUCAUUUUAAUGGAGUAAACUGUGACGUUGUUAGUAAGUUCUUCCACUUGCAUUUGACUUGUGUUGGCUAAUAGUGCCGUCUGGCCGUGGCUUACAAUAAGAUCAACAUUUACUAUUUCUAGCUCUAGUUCAAGAUGGCUAGCUAAACAUUGAUUUGUAAUAUCAAUGAAUUCGGUAGUGCCAUAGAAAGUACACUUAUUCUAAUGAUUGACUUUUUCUAGCUCUAGCCAAAGACAGCUAGCUACCGGUAAAGAUUGAUUCAUAGUAUCGAUGAAUUCAAAGGUGCCAUAUCUAGAAAGAACAUUUAUUCUAAUGAUGAACAAUUUUUAGCUCUAGCCAAAGACUGCUAGCUUAACAUUGAUUUGUAAUAUAAAUGAAUUGAAAGGUGCCAUAGAAUGUUGACUUAUUCUAAUGAUGACAAUCUUGUAUAAUUAUGUUAACACAAAGCAUUUAAGAUGAAGUAUUAACAUUGCUCAUUGUCACAAUAGUUGAACUGAAAUGUAGUGCUAUGAUAUCAGUCUAAUGGGGUGUUGCAAGAAACCAGAAGCAGUCUAAUUUGAGAUGAAUUUGGAGAGCUUCAUGGAGUGAAGAUUUUAAACAAGCAACGCCCUCAUUCUGAAGUCCACUCUAAAUGAUCUUACUACAGACAGGAGCAGCUCUGAAUUCAGUUCUGAUAAUCAACCUGUCCAUAAAAAAAUAAUAAUAUAGGAAAUAAUGCAAGCCCAUAACUAUACAUACAUGUAGCUUGGGUUAGUUCAAAUUUUGUCCUUUCAGUGCAAAAACGCCCUUAGCAAAACAUUUUUGUGCACCCCAUUGGUGCAGAAAUGCCCCUAUGCCUGCUGGUAAGGGCGUUGUUUGCACCGACAUGAUGAUAUGAUAGAGGGAAAGUGGCUUACUCCUGAGACCAUAGUAAUUGGCAAUUUGCCAUGAUGUAAUCUAAAAAAGUGUGAACUGAUUGUUUUUCCCCAAAUAAAUGAAUCAUGGAAAUUAAAAUAUGCAAUAAAUUAAAUCAAUGAAAGCAAAAUACACACUUUCAUACAGUACACCUUGGAUGAGCACAACAACCGCCCCCUCCCCUCCCCCCCCCCCAUCAAUGGGAUGUCUUCAUUGCUGAGAAGUCCAGUCAAGAUAGAGAUUUGUGUUUGCCUUUUUUUCAUUUUGCAUUAUCCUUUGGUCAAUGUGUACAGAUUUCACCCCCAUCCGCAUUACAAUCAUGGUGAAUUAUUAAUAAUAAUACAGUUUACAUGUAACCUACCAUUCAAGAGUUGAUAAAAUGAAUCAAUCAGCUGGUUGCAAGAACACACAUGGUAGCAGACACAGUUAUGGUGGUUCGGUUUAUUCCAGACUUCCUUGUCAUAACUGUAGUAAGCAAUUAAAAGCAAAAAGCAAAGAGAUAAAACAUGUUCAUGAAAUUAAUAUACAAGUUAAGCUCAGUUGCCAGUGUGUUAAUCAUUAUAGUAGUCCCAGGGUGUUUUGAUUAAAGUCACUUCUGUCCUGGGGAGGGGUACUAUGGUUCCUCAGCUAUGGGCGGCGCAAUAAAAAAAUUAUGAAUCAUACCUUUUGCUUUAAUUUACUAAAAAAAGCUUGUAAUAGAAUGCUAAACUUUGGUGUACAUAUUCCUUUCUAGAGCAUUCCUAACAACUUUACUUUAAAAAAUCUGGUAUAAAAAAAAAUCCUUUCAUGUUUUUUUUUAAAUAUUUUUUCUUAACUUCUUAAAUGUAUUUUUUUUGGGGUUAUUUUCAAGACAAAGUUCAUCAGUGACAUUAAAUUACUAUUGUCAAUAAAAAAAAUUACCCAUUUAACUUUUUACAUGUAAUCAUGUUUUUGUCUGACAUGUACUUAAACAAACACAAUGUUGCAAAAUUUCCUGACCCUGUACCUGGGAAUUGCAAAUUUGGUCUCAAAAGUUGCGCGAGACUUGAAAGUAAAACGCCAGUCAGUGGUGCGGUAAUAAAAUUUUGAGUGGCAGAUUUAUUCUGAAAAAUGUGAAGGGGGACCAUAUGCCCCCCCCCCCCGAGUAUUGUGCUUGAUGUAAAAGGAUGUAAAAAAAAAAUCAUGAUUAUGCAUUCAAUAUUAAUAAAAUGAUAAUGAUGCACCAUAUGAGACACCCUUUUACUGUAAGCACCUGGAAAAGCAUUGUAAUCAUCCAUUAAACAAUUUAAAGUGAAAAAAAAUCUGUCAUCUAUAUAGCACCUCAUGUGCUUGCAUAAAAAUCAAGUUAAGACUAGAGUCAGUUAAAUAGUAGCCCGGGGGGGGGGGGGGGG